AUGCCAUCCAAUGAGUGUUCAGCGUCGGUGAGUAUGGAAGUGGAUGAAGGCGCCAGGAAGUUGUUUAGUAAGAUUCAGGAGGCCGAAUCGCUGUUGCAGAGAGUCUGCACUUAUUUCGCAGAGGUAGAGGGCAGUGAGAAGCUGCAGAACAAGUUGAAGGCCGAACUGAAGUUCCUCAACGGUCUGAGGGAUGUGACGCCGUCGAUAUUGGAGCGAUAUCUCGCUACCAGCAACGUGACGCAUUUUCGAGGACUGCUCGAUGUGGCGAUGAGGCGUCUUCCUUCGUGCACUGCAUUCUACAAGAGUUUCCCUGAGCACCCGGGAAUCGGUACGAAGCGACAGAUCGACUUGGUAGUGGACGAUGGCGCUACGUGGAUGGCACAGAAUCAUCAGUAUUUCUUCAAGCCGCCUGAAGUUGUGUUUGAAUUUGUGAAUGGCGUGCCGGACAUGUUGGCGCGAAAACUCGAACUCAUCGGAGUGAAAGUUAUUGGUCGUGAGGUGGACAUUAACGAUGUGGUGAAGUUGCCUGUGGAUUUCUCUUUGCAUGAUGCCUGCAGCGAUAUGUUGAAAGGCUUGGAAACGCGUUGUGUGGAAUCGAGGCAUUGUGAGAUAGAAGGCAGUUCUGUGGAUACCAUCAAUCUUGAUGUUACAGCAGUGUUUGUCCUUAUUUCGUCUUUAACUCAUGAAAACGGUGCUCAGUAUGAUUACGACAGCCAGCUGUUGAAUGCACAAGCUGCCCAGGAAAGGAAAAAACCGGCUUUACCAUUGCUACUAAAAGCUAUCAAAGAUAAAAGACUAAUCAUUUGUCGGACAGCCUAUAACUCGGUACAGUCAAUUUUAAGCACAGUGGCUGGGCCUGGAGAAAAGGCACGAGCGAACGAAUUAUUCAAGAAAGUGGAGAUUGUGGAGGACAAACUUUCCGACCGAACAGCCACACUGAAAUUAAGCGAUCAGAUAAAUGAGCGGGCAAAAGUGAUAUUUGGUACAGGCGAUUACUAUAAAGCAGUCACGGCCACCGCGAACCGCCAUUUUGUUUUCGCAGCUAUUAGUCAGGUUUGGUAAAG